UUGUAGUGUGCUGCCAAUGUUGGAAACAAUGCAGCUACUUAAGGAAAGCCACUUGGAGUUGCUUCAGAAGACUCCAUUUUGGCCAUUGUUAGAAGCAUUUCACAAUGGCACCAUUUCAGAAUUACAAUGCAAGGAUUGUCGAACUCCCAUACUAAAGAUCAUCAAAACUUUUAACCCAGAGACCGCGACCUUUCACUUUGGUACUAGAGCCAUAUCUAUAAACACAGAAGACAUCUCUCAGAUUCUUGGACUGCCACAACAUGGUGACACAGUCCGAUUCGGUCAUCUGGUUUAUCGUAGAUCAUACAAGUCAGACUUUACUGAGAGACAUUUUAAGGGAACAGACAGGGUGAGCCACAAACUGCUACAUGGUCUACUAUUAAAGUUACUGAAUAGGAAAGAACAAACGGAUAUAGAAGAUGUUGUACGUCUCACCCUAAUGGAGUUGUUCAUCACAUUCCUGUUCGCCCGAUCACAUCUUCAAUUGGUUCUAGUGAAGUAUUGUGAUGAAUUUGACAAACUUUCAAGGUAUUCAUGGGCAGCAGCAGUGGGAGAAUUCCUAAACAAAUCUUUGAAAGCCCAGAGCAAAGUUGAAAUUAAGGGAUGCGCGCUUCUCAUUCCACUUUGGUUGUGUGAGAAAACAAAUAUUACACAACCAAUCAGUGGGAGGGAGAUCAUCGAGGGCAACACACCAUCCCUAAUCAGAUGGAGUCUUCCGGAACUGAACAUCAAAAUGCAAGAAAUAACCAUUUGCGAAAUUGAGCGUUUGUUCGAGGUGCAAAAUGGGAUCGAAGUAGAAAUAAAACCUGAACAUGAAAAUCAUGAAGGAGAAGAGGAAGAGCUAAAGAAGAAAGACACGAAGCAAAAGGGAAGAGAAUUAUACCAACCGUUACAAAAAGAAAUAGUGGAAAGAAGAAAGGUACAGAAGAAUGACUAUGAAUUAAAAGUGAAGAACAACUUCAAAGAUAAACUUAAAGCAGAAGUUGAUGGAGACAUGGAGUUGAUUGAGAAAGAUCAGCUAGAUCCUCAAGUCCCCUGCACUGCAAUUCAAUUGAGUCCAAGGGAUGACAAUGAGGUGCCGCAAGUUGAGCAUCAAAUGAGGCUUCCUAUGGAAGGAACUGGAGUGAAAGUUAGAAAGCAGCAACUGGAUCCAGAUUUUGUGUGCAAUGUAGUGCCUAAAAGGAGAAAGGCAAAAGAGCAACAUGCUCCAUCUGAUCCAAUUCUUACAGUACCUACGAGGUCAAUUCAGGAUCCUGCUGGCAAGAAGGAUGAACAGAUAUUAAUUAUCGUUGAUGAUUCUGUUUCAGAAGAGGAGAAGAGCACAAGGAAAGUGAAUAGACCAAGGAAAGAAUGCUUCCCUUUGGAAAGAUGUGAGAUAUUCAAGUUAUUGGAUGAUGAAUAUCAACAAAAGGUGAAAGCAUUCUGGAGUAUGACAAAUCCCAAAGAACUAUUUUGGAGUGGGAAAAAUGCAAGCGUUGCACGUGAAGAUGUCAAAAAGUUGAUACAAAACACUGCAGUAGCGAGCAACGUCAUUGAUGCAUUCAUGGAGCUAUUGGAACAAAAACAGCACCAAAGUAGUGUAAAACAAUCAACAUACAUAUCAACUCUGUGUUGGAACUAUGUACGAAUGAAAGAUGCACGAAAGAAAGGAAAGAAAGAUCAAGUGCAAGAUGAAGUUCAUGAUGAAGUGGGGUUGAAUCAAUUGGUUUUUGAUCCGCUAUUGGGUAGUAUGGCACAAAGCGACUAUAUAUUCUUCCCAGUAAUAUCAAAGUUCCACUACACUCUCCUCGUCCUAAACAAAAAUGAGAAAAAGUGGACACAUUACAACCCCUUAAGGAAGAGAUCAGAACUGCAUAUUGAUCCAUGCUAUGAGGUUGCUAAGCAAAUGCAUCAAUUGAUACAAGAAUGGUUCCAUAUAACCCAAAAAGAAGCUCCAAGAGCACUGCUAAACGGAACAAAAAGGAAGAAGAUGGGGAAGAGGGAAGACUGGAUGGAAGUUCCUCUUAGUGAAGAUGAAAAAAGAACUCUAACUUGGAUGAUGGAUAACAAUAUCGACUUCAAAAUAGAGAACGACCGUAUAAGUCCGCAACAGGACUUUAAAUCAUUGGAUUGCGGCAUAUUUGUAAUGUACUACAUGAAUCAACUUUCUCAAGGUCUUCAACUUGAAAAAGAGAUCACAGAAUGCAGAAUGUGGGAAUUCCGAAAAAAUCUUAUUAAACUCUUUUUGGAUCAUGAAAAUGGCUGGAAACAGACCUCAACCACAUGAAGAAAAAGCAGCACUUCUUGCUUUGCUAAAGAGGUAAAGUUGACUAAAACAUGAAGGUGUCCUUGUUCUCCAUGUGGUUGAGUUCUGUUUCCAGCUACUUUCAUGAUCCAAAAAGAGUUUGAUCAGAUGUUUUGAGAGAUAAAUUUGGCGUGAUCUAUAAAAAAGAGGUAAAGUUGACUGAAGAGUGUUACCCGAAAAUAUUUACAAAGAC